UUUGGAGCUUUUAGACCAAACAGCCGUCUGUUGGGGCGCCGACGUCACCAAUCAUAACAAGCCCUCUCACCUACAAACCACCUAAUUCGACGACACCUCGACUACUACCAUCGCUAUGGCGCAGUCGCCGCUCAUCUUCAUCCUCGCGGGUGCCUUUUUCUCCUACAUUCUCUACACCCGGAUAACCCUCUACCUGGCGCGCAGGCGCUUCAUCAAGGAGAACGGCUGCCAACCAUGUCUGGGCCGCUUCCACAAAGACCCAAUUCUAGGCCUCGAUGCUCUGAAGACGAUGAACUACAACAGCAAACACCACAUUGUGCUACAAGAGAACAAAAAGCGCUUCGAGAGGCUUGGUAGGACGUUCCACAACAGAAUGGUCACCAUGCCCAUCAUUGCCACAUGCGAGCCCGAGAACGUCAAAACCAUCUUGAGCUUGAAGUUCAAAGACUACAGCUUUGGCAACCGCCAGAAAGCCUUCACACCUUUGUUAGGCCAUGGCAUCUUCAACGCAGACGGGGAGCGGUGGUCGAACAGUCGACAUCUUCUACGCCCAAACUUUGCGAGAGAUCAAGUCGCGGAUCUGGAGGCGUUUGAGCGCCACUUUAAGCUCAUGCUCAAGCACCUCCCGCGCGACGGUAAGACUGUCGACCUGCAGAAACUCUUCUUCCGCUUUACAAUCGACUCGGCUACCGAGUUCCUGUUCAACCACUCCACCAACUCACUCCGCAUGGUCGGCCAGGAGGAUGCGAAUAAUGAGGACGUCAUCUUCGGCAAGGCGUUUAAUUUCGCGCAAGAUGAUAUCGGAACGCGCAUGCGCUUCGGGGCUCUGGACCGCUUCCGGAAGAAUGAGAAGGGCCAAGAGGCGAUCCGCAUCUGUCACGAGUAUAUCGAGAAGUUUGUCGACGACGCGCUGCGCUUCAGGAAAGAGCUAGAUCAUGAGAAGAAGGCUGGAUCCGCGGAGGAUGAGAAGUACUACUUCAUCCAGGAGGUUGCAAAGCAGACGACGGAUAAAAAGAGGAUACGAGACGAGCUCAUCAACAUCUUGCUCGCUGGGCGCGACACGACAGCCAGUCUCUUGAGCAACAUGUUCUUUGAGAUUGCGAGGAGGCCGGAUAUCUACGCGAAGCUGAGGGACGAGGUGGCGACACUAGGUGGGCGGACGCCAACGUAUGAAGAGUUGAGGAGUCUGAAGUACCUCAAGCACUGUCUCAAUGAAUCUCUUCGCAUCCACCCAGUCGUCCCAGGAAACACGCGCUUCGCCAUUCGCGACACUGUCCUUCCACUCGGCGGCGGCCCAGACGGUAAACAUCCCCUCUUUGUUCCCAAAGGUACGACAGUCGGCUACUCACCUUACGUCAUGCACCGCCGCAAAGACCUCUACGGACCCGACGCAGACGAGUAUAAGCCUGAGCGCUGGGAGACACUCCGUCCCGGCUGGGAAUACCUGCCAUUCAACGGCGGUCCUCGAAUUUGUCUUGGUCAACAGUACGCGCUUACCGAGGCCAGCUACGUCACUGUGAGACUAGUCCAGGAGUUCAAGGAGAUGGAGAGCAGAGACCCUGAGCCGUGGAUAGAGAGUCUGACUCUGACUUUGUGCUCGCUGAACGGAACAAAGGUCGGUCUUACGCCGGCUUAGGAGGAGCGUAAGCGGUCGCAAAAGAGAAGAGCGAGUUGCUUUGGCCGCUGCCAACUGGGGCGCGAAGGAGAGCACGAGGAUAGACACGAUGAUCUCUGUCUGUUGUCAGAGACUACUGGCGAGCAUCCAUUUUCGGAAACGGAGUCCAUGGGCACUGGGUCUGAUUUCACACAGCAUAAUAAGGCUUGGGCAUUGCGGCGGACUUCUCUUUCUUAACGUGGGAUCUCUGCGGCGAAUACUGACAUCGUCUUGGAAGGCGACUACCUAGACGCACGUGUGCUGUAUUCAUACUAUUAUUCGAUGACAUUCGCGUCUAUACGGACGCCUUCUGCUGGCAAUAGCUUUGAGAAUAAGUACUACAGCAGUUAUGUCAUUUAUCUCCUUCCAUCGUAUACGCGUAUACCCGUCUACUUAUUAGCG